AUGGAGGUAAAUAGAAAUAAGGGAAAGAAAGUUUUUAAACAUAAGGAGGUAUUGAAAGAAGUGGAGGUUGGAAAUAUUUUCAAUAUUCUUGGAGAGCAGCAGGAACAGGUUGAAGGUUUGAAUGUGGUAGUAGGUGAAUGCUCCAUGGGAAAUAUGGAUGCUAUUUUUCAGAGGAAGGAUGUGAAUAAUGAAGUGAGUGGGAAUAUAGAAAUUGAUUCUGGUGGAGGGGGCAGAAAUGAUGAUUUGUUGAUGAGUUUGAAUGAGGAUGCAGGAGGGAAGGAGAAUACAACGGAAAGGGAGGUUUCUAAGGAAGGUGAAUGA